AUGGUCCAUCUCUCUUUCUACUUGCCUUUGCUUGGCCUACUGCCUCUUUUACAAGCCACCAUUGUCUCCGUUCCUUAUGAGCUCACGUACCUUCUUCCCUCGCGUUUCGAGGGAAACAUAUUUUACACCUUUGUCAACGGCACCUCUACUGCCAACGAAACUAUCUCGGACCUUCUCGACAGAGCGAAAGAGGCGCCUUUCAUCUCCUACGAUGAUGAGUUCCUCUCACUGCUGGGGCCCAACCCUGAACCGCAACUGGUAGACGAGCGCGAGGUAAACUUCGCCGCCGAGGCGGGGGUCUGGAUCAGCGCGCGCAACGAAGUCUGGUAUACCACCUGGAUCAAUGACGGGCCGACCGCAGUCGAGAUUUUGAAUCUCAACGACAACACCAUCCGGAACUUGACGUCGUCCGAGCCGUUGGAGAACCCCAAUGGUGGAUUCUACCACCAGGGUCGCGUUUACUUCACCUGCCUCCGCGACGACUCCAGAGGCUGGCCUGGCGGCGUGGUAGCCGUUGAUCCCGAGACCGGCGACGUCGAGAGAAUCCUCAACUCCUACUUCGGCCUCAAGUUCGACAACAUUGACGACGUUGCCUGGGUUACGCAGCCGGGAACCAACAAGUCGUACAUGUACAUUACUAUCUUGCCGUACGCUGACAGUCUUGUCACGAACGACACUGUCCCCCAGGGCCUGUGGCGGUGGGACCCGCAGGCGAAAACUCUGCUCCCUGUUAUAAGCAGGACAGAGUACCCCCUCGCGAACGGGGUCAGGCCGUCCAAGGACCAGAAGACACUUUGGAUCACAGACUUUGGCGGCGAGGAGCGCAGCAGGAUCUGGGGCCUGCCUGGCAAAGUCGGUUCGCCUGCCAUCUACAGCUACGAUUUGGACGAGGACAUGUGGCCUGUGAACAGACGCAUCUUUGGCGUGGCCAGAAUGCAGGCCCCAGACGGGAUCAGAAUCGAUGAUGCAGGUAGGGUCUGGACGGCGGAGGGAGAAGGAGUCGUGGUGCGGUCUUCUGCGGGGAAGAUCAUUGGCGUGUUCAACGCACACUAUUUCACCAGAGAUCCCUUGAAAACGGCAAUCGUACAGUUCGAGCUUGCAGGGGAUACACUGGUGAUUCUAGGCCAGAACAAGCUCUGGACCUUGAAGUUGGCAGAGGUUGUCAACGAAGCUGAUGAUGGUAGUCCGGCUGGAAACCACUCAGAGUCCUAG